AUGUUUGAACUUGGUUUUGUAACAAUUCCAAUCACCCAUAUUCUCGUCAUGCUCAGCCGAUUUCGCUCCUCUGACUACUUCUGGGCUCCUGUCACUUACGUUAUCUUCGUUAUAGUAAUACUUAUUUCAUACUUUCAUAUGCAUCACGAGAAAAAGCUUGAAGGAGUUGAAGAAACUUACACCAUAGCAUGGGAAGAAAAAACUAGAAAUAUUGCGAAAAUCAUCCAGAAUCGUAUUUAUGUCAAGGAUCAAAAGACUAAAUUUCGAGCCUCUCAUCUUGCGCAAAUUCAUCACCUUCAGUCGAUUCCUGGAAAUCAACAUCCUAAGAGUAUGGGGAACAUGCGUCAUGAGAUGACUCAUAAUCUCCGGAGCUAUAUCAACGGUAUUCCUCUGGGCUGUACACCAUUACUACCACCAUCCCUCUUCUCUCCACGAAUCGACGGAUUAUUUGGUAUUAGUUUGUAA